UGCUGAGUUUGAAGCGCAACAACCCGGAGAGCGCAGCAGCGACUUCACCGCUGCAACUUUGAUGACAGGGUUUUUUGGAGCAGUCGAUGAGCGCGUUUGAAGUACCUUGCUGGUGAAGACAAGGGGAUCGAGUCCCGACCUGCGAUUUCCCCAUCAUCUACUCACCAAAAUGAAACUCCUGAUUUGUAUGAUAGCAGUCGCCUUGGCGGUGAGAUCUGCGCACGGAGGCAACCAACUUGACGAGCCGUGUGCCGGACGCAACUGUGGCGAAGGAUGCCGGUGCAACCCGGAGAAAGGCAGCAGGGGUCGUCCAGGGCCUCUCGGAGAAGUCGGUUCAAGCGGACCUGAGGGUCCUCGUGGGGGCACGGGGCCUACAGGGCCGAAAGGAGAGAAGGGUCACAAUGGACUGAAAGGACCGUCCGGCCAGAAAGGAGACAAGGGGCCAAUGGGAGUGCCUGGGUUCACUGGAACUGAUGGAGUACCUGGUCACCCUGGUCUGGACGGGGGCCGAGGACCCUCCGGAUUGGACGGAUGUAACGGGACGAGAGGAGAACCCGGCGAUCCUGGUUAUGGAAUCGGAGCACCAGGACCCGCUGGACUCGCUGGGCCGUUUGGGCCGAAGGGUCAGAAAGGAGAGCCUCGAUACAUCUCGGACGACGGUUUCCCAAAUGUACCAGGUUAUCCAGGACCGAACGGACAACCUGGAAUCAGAGGUCCUGGUGGUCCGACUGGUUAUCCCGGUCCAAUGGGGCCAGAGGGAUAUUCUGGCCCACCUGGUCCUCCCGGUCCCCCGGGGCCGAUGGGGAGCCGCAGUGACGGAUAUGAAGGGGAGAAAGGAGACAAGGGCGACGUGGGUCUUCCCGGACCCAGCGGUACUCCGGGCGACGGCUCGCUAAGAAGCGAACAAACUCUCACUAUCUACAAAGGAGAUAAGGGUUCACCCGGUCCAAAGGGAAUAAGAGGAUUUCCUGGAACUCCUGGCCGAGCUGGAUCUUUUGGCUAUAGAGGGGAACCCGGAGAGAAGGGAAUUCCUGGAUACCCCGGUGCAAGAGGUGCGCCUGGUUUGAACGGGCCUCCCGGACGUCCCGGACAACAGGGAUUUAGAGGUACUCCAGGUUUUAUCGGGCAACCUGGAUACACCGGCGGAAAGGGAGAUCAGGGAGAACCCGGAGCACCAGGACCCCCGGCCUACGUUAGCGGUCUGGGCGCUACUGUUCAAGGACUGGCAGGUGACCCGGGUCUCAACGGGCUGCCCGGUGCCCCCGGUGACCCAGGGCCUCAAGGAUACCCAGGACCACCAGGACCACCAGGAACUAUUGAUUUUAGGACAGGUGACGGAUCCCCAGGUUUUCCAGGAACCCCCGGCCCAAAGGGAGAGAAGGGAAACCCGGGAAUACCAGGCUAUGGCACUGAAGGUCUCCCCGGAUCCUCUGGCCUCCCCGGAUCCCCCGGCCCCGCCGGUCUUCAGGGUCCUUCUAGCUCCAUUGAACCCUGCGUCAUCUACCCUGAGGUGUCCACGAGGCCCAAAGGUGAUGGGGUAGUUGUGCCCAGCAGAGUCCCUGGCCAGCCUGGAUUGCCCGGCUCUAGAGGUCUGCCCGGCAACAAGGGAUACAAUGGCUACCAAGGUGAUCCCGGAGACUGUGCCUGCAUCGGGGGCGGCACCUCAGGGUUGCCUGGGUUGCAGGGACCCCCCGGCCCCAACGGCAACCCCGGUUUCCCCGGACGAAAGGGCGAACUUGGAGACGGCGGUGGGCCUGGCUAUGAUGGCCGUCAGGGACCUCCUGGUCGUCCUGGUGAACCUGGGAACUAUGGUCGUAAAGGGCAGAAGGGAACGUCCUUCUACCCUAGCCUUGGUUUGGGGGUGAAAGGAGAGCUCGGAGCAACUGGACCCCGCGGACCUAACGGUGAAACUGGAAAACCCGGUAGAGACGCACUUCCUGGAUUCCCUGGAGCGCCUGGACCCCCCGGUGAUGGUGGAUACGGCACAGUCGGAGAGAAAGGAUACCCAGGAUACCCGGGGUCUAAGGGUCGUCCCGGAGAACCAGGCGAGCCCGGCGUCGGAUACGUCGGCACGCCCGGCUUCCGUGGAGAUGCUGGAGACCCGGGAAUACCGGGUUUCCCAGGACCACCAGGUUUACCCGGACCACGAGGUGAAUACAGCUGUGCAGGGGUUAAUGACGACGGAGAGGGAACGGGCACAGUGCUACCGUGCACCAUACCUGGUGAGAUGGGAGACCCCGGAUACCCCGGUGUACCCGGACGACCAGGCGUCAAAGGUCAGCCAGGUUUCCCAGGAGGCCCCGGACGUCCCGGCUUCGACGGGGCCAAAGGAGACAGAGGAGACCCCGGUUUUGGAGGACAACCUGGACCACAAGGUUUCCCCGGACCCAGAGGAGAUCCCGGAUUUCCCGGAGGUCCAGGACAGAGUUAUGACGGCGCCAAGGGGAAGGAUGGUGUUCCUGGGCGUCCCGGAGGCAAGGGCCAGCCUGGAGAGGUACUGGGGGCCACACCUGGUUCCCCAGGACAGAACGGAAUACCUGGAACCUCUGGAGACAAGGGCCAGCCCGGGACCCCUGGAGGGUCUGGAUUACCUGGUGGGGACGGACGUUACGGUGUUCCCGGUCUGAAGGGAGAGCGCGGAGUGGACGGUUAUCCUGGUUCCACCGGCCUUCCCGGACUUCCAGGCGAACCGUUUUUUGGUAUUCCCGGUCGCCCUGGAUCUCUCGGUGCCGUCGGAUUGAGCGGAUCCCCAGGUUUCCCCGGUAGAAAGGGGGAAAGAGGAGACCCGGGUUUCCCAGGACCCGCUGGGAUGAAGGGAACCCCCGGCCUGCCCGGCACCCCUGGAUCCCCAGGGCUAAGAGGACCCUCUGGGCCCCCAGGACCAGGAACUAGAGACGGAAUACCAGGAAUACCAGGACGGAAGGGUGAGACAGGUUUCCCAGGACUGAUGGGCUUCCCUGGACUCCCAGGACGUCCUGGAUCACCCGGGUUUCCUGGAGGCAAAGGACAGCCUGGAGGACCGGGUAGAGACGGGCUGAAUGGCGGCCCCGGAUACUCCGGACAGAAAGGUGACCGAGGAUACCCCGGCCCCCCCGGUCUGCCCUCCCUUCCGUUCGGAUCAGAUAUUAUAGUGAAAGGAGAACCAGGAAACAACGGAAGAAAUGGCAGUCCUGGUUUCCCCGGCCCCAGAGGUGACAAGGGUCUCCCCGGUCUGCCUGGUCGUCAGGGUCUUCCCGGUCUUCCUGGUUACGCCGAGCAGAGCAAAGGACAGCCAGGACUACCUGGUUACCCUGGGCAACCAGGAACUCCAGGCUACCCGGGAUCUAAGGGAGAAGGUGGCAUUAUGGGAUUCCCCGGCAUGUCUGGACCACGGGGGGAUGACGGUACAGCUGGUUUCCCUGGCAACCCUGGAGAAAACGGACGACCAGGAGGCAAAGGUGCUCCCGGAGAGAGCUACGGUUAUCCUGGAGGAGCAGGAGCUAAAGGCCAGCCCGGAGAUUCAGGCUACCCAGGCGGUCCCGGGAAUAGCGGCGCUCCCGGUGACAACGGCUUCCCAGGAGGUCCAGGCUACCCCGGAUCAAAGGGAGGUCCUGGUGACGGAGGCCGGCCUGGAAUAAUGGGCUCCCCUGGUUUCCCCGGGCCAAAGGGCCAGUCUGGAUACCCAGGAAGACCAGGACAAGACGGGUCUCCUGGUUCCCCUGCAGGCCCUGGAGGUCCCGGAGCCAAAGGUUUAUCUGGAUCACCUGGUUUGGACGGACUUAAUGGGCUUGCUGGACCUAAGGGCCUCCCAGGAACACCAGGUGGGAAUGCUGGAGGUCGUCAAGGAACCGCCGGUAUUCCAGGUUUGAAGGGCGAGAGGGUCUCCUAUCCCGGGGGUCCAGGAUACUCCGGAGCGAAGGGAGAGAGAGGAGACCAAGGAGGUCCGGGACGCCCAGGGUUCCCAGGUCUGCCCGGACCCCCUGGUCCCACUGUGGGGUCGGAUGUUCCCGGACCUACUGGAGACCCAGGACUCCCUGGACUGGAUGGAGAAUAUGGUUUCCAGGGUCCUCCAGGUCCUCCCGGGCCUCCUGGUCCCGGCACAGCUCAGGGAGAUAGAGGUGACUCUGGGCUCCCAGGUUUCCCAGGAUCCCCCGGCAGGAAGGGAGAAUCCGGCCUCCCUGGUGGUGCCGGACUCCUCGGCAACCCCGGGUUCAAAGGAGGAAGAGGCGAGAGCGGCUACAGCGGAGGUCCAGGUCUUAAGGGCUAUCCUGGGGACUCUGGUUAUUAUGGAAACAAAGGAGCCAAGGGACUACAAGGACGUCCCGGUCGUAAGGGAGUCCCCGGAGUCACCAUUCCAAGUAUACCGCGAGACUUCGCGCGACCCCUCGGAGAGAUAGGUUACCCCGGAUCAAGUGGAGGCUCCGGUACUCCCGGAGAACCCGGUCAGCCGGGACUCCCCGGACGCUCAGGUCCUAAGGGUCGUCCCGGUCCUGGAGGCAAACUGGGCCGGACUGGAUCUCCUGGCUUCCCCGGACCCAUCGGUGACGCCGGACCCCCCGGUUUCCCUGGACCCACUGGAGAACAAGGGGCCCCUGGAUCAUCGGGGCGCUCCGGGCCCCCCGGGUCCGUGGGUCGCGGCUCCAGCAUUGGUUACACCCUGGUGAAGCACAGCCAGAACGCCCAGGUGCCCAUGUGUCCUCAGGGCAUGGCCAAGCUGUGGGACGGGUACAGCCUGCUGUUCGUGGAGGGACAGGAGAAGGCUCACAACCAGGACCUGGGUCAGGCGGGGUCGUGCCUCCCCAGGUUUAGCACCAUCCCCUUCCUCUACUGCUCCCCCAAUGAGGUGUGCUACUACGCCAGCCGCAAUGACAAGUCCUACUGGCUCUCCACCACUGCUCCCAUUCCCAUGAUGCCCGUGGCCGAGCAGCAGAUCCAGCCCUACGUCAGCAGGUGUGCUGUGUGUGAGGCUCCCUCUCUGGCUGUAGCUGUGCACAGUCAGGACCUGACCAUCCCCACCUGCCCCCCCGGCUGGAGGAGUCUCUGGAUCGGAUACUCCUUCCUCAUGCACACAGCGGCGGGCGCUGAGGGUGGGGGGCAGUCCCUGGUUUCCCCCGGCUCCUGCCUGGAGGACUUCCGCGCCACGCCGUUCAUCGAGUGCAACGGGGCCAAGGGCUCCUGCCACUACUUCGCCAACAAGUACAGCUUCUGGCUCACCACCGUGCAGCCGGACCAGGAGUUCGUCUACUCCCCCGGCCAGGAGACCCUGAAGGGGGGCCAGGAGCGCUCCAGAGUCAGCCGCUGCCAAGUCUGCAGCAAGCUGUUGUAGUAUUCACACCUCCAAGAGAUCUAUAGAAGAACACUGACUGAAAAGGAGCCCUUCUCCUGCUUCUCCAAAAACAACAUCAGAGUUUUUGAUCCCGUUUAGGAAUGAAUGGCUUAUUCAAAAUGUUUAAAACUAGGAGGAGGGAGGAAAUGGAAAGAGAAGAGCCGCGGUGUGGGGGCUCUCCUCCAGAUUAUCACUGACAAUGGUGCUAUUGUGUACGUGUUUAUUUUGUGUCUGUUGACUCGUUACGCUUUUAUUUUUUUUGGGGCGAGGAUCAUUCUCUUCUACCUCGGAGAGUGCCAACCCACUUUGGAUAGCGCGAUUACAAAAAAUCUGCUCCGGAUAAAUCAGUUUGAGUCAUUUUUGUUGGUUGAAUUUAAAGUCUUACCUUCUGUGAGCUGAUCUAACUGAAGUAGAACCACCUGAAUCCUGUUAAAAAACGUGAACUGGGCUUUUUCUGUAUUUCCUGCCCUCUACACCUGCUUUAAAGGCAUUUAUGUCACAGUUCCCUUAAGAGGAAACAACCAAUGGACAUAUUAUUGCAAAAGAGGGUAUUAUUUGUAUUGAAAUGAAAUAACUGAGACACAUUUUAAGGCAGAAAAGAACCAGAUUUAUCAGAAUCCUUUUGAACGUUUCAAUGUUUGCUUAUUUGAUUUGAUUUCUAACAACAUUGGAAAUUAUCUUUCAAUCAAAUCUCCUUUUAAGCUCUCUUUCAUAGUUUACAGGAAUUAUCUUAAACUUGGCGACGUGGAAGUUAGGAAAUAUAAACGUGUAAAGUGUCAGAGCUAAUAGGAUCCUUAUUUUCUGGAAAUGAUAGUUAGUUAGAUUUCAAGAGUAAAGUCAACCUUCUAGUGAAGCUAGUGAGUGGAACUUGAGUAAAAGUUUGCCGUUAUCGUUCAAAAUCAUGCAAUUUGUGUCGUUUAAUUUGACAUUUUUCCUGUUUUAUACGCCUUUUAUAUCUGUUUAUUUCACAAUAUGACUGUACGGUGCUACACUACCCUGACUGCUGACUUGAAAGGCAACUUUUAAAGCUAUUAAACCGCAUGCAAUUCUGCUAAACUGCUAUAAAAAACAAACUGCAUAUGUAGUUAUGAUUGAUAUAUCUUAUAUAUAUUGCACUGAUGGGUUAGAAUAAUAGACUAAAUCCACCUUCAUCUUUAUGUUGUGACCAAACUAGUGUUUUUUCCUUAAAUCAUCCCAACCAAACACUCUCUCUGAUAGAUCUUUAAUUAUUGCUGUACAUAUUGCUUACUGUAUUUCCCACCAAAGUAUGCUGGAGCAAAAGUCUAUAAAAGCUUUUAUGUUGAAUUGUUUUUCUUUCUUUUCCACUCUGUGUCUUCUCUCUGUCCUUGGAUAAAACAAGAGGAGGACAUCGAUUAUUGUCUGGCUAUAAAAGUCGAGUUUAUGACAGAAUUAGAUCUUCCUCCCAUUAUCCUGGGACAAUGAAAGCCACUGCGUGACGUUUAACCACUAAGACCACUGCGUCUAGCACAUAGCUCCGUCUCUCCGCUGGUAGCCCAUUUUACUUCCUUUAUUUUGUUUUUGUCAGCCUUUGUGGUUUUGUAAUCUAGCUUGUAAUUAUUUUACCUUAAUCAUGAUACUAUCCCCUGGUUUUUAUUUACUGAGAUGGGAGGGAAUGGGAAGAUAAUGAUGUGUACAUUGAAUAUGAGAAAACAAAACAGAAUGCCUUUAGGAUGAUGUUUUUAUAUGGAAAAUAUAUUCACCACUGAUGAUUUAACAGACCCCGAACAACUGUUUUAUUGUCUGUUUUGGUCUUUACCCCCAUUUUCAAACAAACGUGGUGCGUGGUGAGUGCCUGGAGUGACAGAGAAGAAAUGCAGUUUUCCUCAAAGAGGAUCUAUCACAAUAACAUGGUAAUAACAUGUCUGUUACUGUCAUGUGUAUUUCUGUGCUCACACAUAAAUAAAGUCUCCAAACUAACUGAGAA